AUGGCGGACCACUCCAAGGUGCUCCCCGCGCUCGCCGCCGUCUUGCUCUGCUGCUGCUGCCCCCUCGCGCAAUGCGGCGGCGGCGGGCAGAACUACACCUCCAUGUUCAGCUUCGGCGACUCGCUCACCGACACCGGCAACCUGCUCGUGUCCAGUCCGCUCUCCAACCACAUCGUCGGCCGCUAUCCCUACGGCAUGACCUACUUCCACCGCCCCACCGGCCGCUGCUCCGACGGCCGCCUCGUCGUCGACUUCCUAGCGCAAGCGUUCGGCCUGCCGCUGCUGCAGCCGUACCUGCAGUCCCGCGGCAAGGACCUCCGCCGGGGCGUCAACUUCGCCGUCGGCGGCGCCACCGCCAUGGAUCCGCCCUUCUUCCAGGAGAUCGGCGCGUCCGACAAGCUCUGGACCAACCUCUCCCUCAGCGUCCAGCUCGGCUGGUUCGAGCAGCUCAAGCCGUCACUCUGCAGCUCCCCCAAAAAGUGCAAGGAGUACUUCAGCAAGUCCCUGUUCCUCGUCGGAGAGAUUGGGGGAAACGACUACAACUACGCCUUCUUCAAGGGCAAGACCCUGGACGACGCCAAAACCUACGUUCCCACGGUCGCCGCCGCGGUCACCGAUGCCACCGAGAGGCUGAUCAAGGCCGGCGCCACGCACCUGGUGGUGCCUGGGAACCUGCCCAUUGGGUGCUCGUCGGCGUACCUGACCCUGCACCCGGGCCGGAACAGCAGCGACUACGACGCCGCCGGCUGCCUCAAGACGUACAACGACUUCGCGCAGCACCACAACGCGGUGCUCCAGCAGAACCUGCGGGCGCUCCGGGCCAAGUACCCGCAGGCAAGGAUCAUGUACGCCGACUACUACGGCGCCGCCAUGUCCUUCGCCAAUAACCCCAAGCAGUUCGGGUUUACAGAGGGGCCGCUGCGGACGUGCUGUGGCGGCGGCGGGCCGUACAACUUCAACCCAAAGGCGAGCUGCGGCGUGCGGGGCUCCAGCGUGUGCACGGACCCGUCGGCGUACUCCAACUGGGACGGAGUGCACCUGACGGAGGCCGCCUACCACGCCAUCGCCGACAGCAUCCUCAACGGCCCCUACACCAGCCCCAGGCUUCUCUGA